AUGGAACGGGGAAUUUGUAUUCCUGUAUUCCAAUCCCACAAAAAUAUCAAGUCGUGCAUCCAAUAUGAAACCCCCAAUUCGAAAAGCAAAACCUCUGAAAACCAAGAACUUCUCCGGACGAGCCAAAAAGAAAAACCAAAGUGGCUUGAAGAAACCUGCUGGCGCAGUUCGAUCAGUGGUUCACUUGGCAAGAAAUGGCUCGACAUUGGAGAAAUUCUCGGCGGUUUUUCACUUUUUCCCUCCCCAUAAUGAUAAGAAUCAUUUUUCGGAAAUGCACGUGAAAUUCGAAAAAAAGGAAUAGAAUUGGAAUAUUAGGUCACAAAUUCUUUGUUGCCACCAUAGACUUCCCACAACUCCACGAGGAAAAAAACAAACGCAAUCCGAAAAAUUUUGGAGAAAUGCAAAAAGAACUUUUUCUGUUUUUUUAAAUGAGAAAUAAAUGGCUCAGAACAGGAAAAAGAUGUUCUUCUCAAAUCCAUAGAAAACUCUGAUGAUAAAUGGCUCAAAAAGAAUCCUCGUAAAUGAAAGAAUUGUUUAGCGAGAAAGUAGAUGGGAGAACUUCAAAAUUAGUUAUAUAAAAAAACAUCUAAAAAAAUCCUAAAAAAAGCAAGAAAAAUAAAAAAGAAAUGUCAGACUUGUUCUCAAGUAGGAAAGGAGGAUGAGUAAUAAAUAUCUGAGGCCAGAGACGAAGUUGUAAAAAAAAAGAUGAGAAAUCCUAAAAUAUCUGGAGAAUCCUAAAAAAAGGGCAGAGACGGAAGCGAGCGGGGUGCCCGGACGGCUGCUGGCGGCUAGAAUGAGCGAGAUGGCUGCAGUCGCCACGCCCCUCUUCCCUCCGCCGUCUUCCUAUUGGUCGGAGCGAAUGAUGACAAACGGUCUUGAACGGAAGACGCCGACGCGUUUCGAAAGCGAGGCGUGCUCGAGGCGAAAGGGGGAGGUGACAGUCGCCCUUUUCGAGAAAUCGUGUGCAGUUUUGUUGAGAAAGAAUUGAUGAAUCCGGAGUUUUUGCUGCUCAAAAAAAGGGAAGGUCAGAGAUCGAAAAAAAUCUUUCAUAAUUUUUGGAGUGAUUUGUUACUGAAAUAAAUUUUUGAAGCGUCCCAUUUUUUUAAUUCAAAUAAUUCAUUUUAAAAAAAGUAAAAAAAUAGAUUUUUCCGAUCACAAAAUUUCUUGUUUUUCAAACGAAAGAAUGUCUUUUUUCGCUUAUAAUGGGCAUUUUUUAAUUGAUCUCAGUAAAAAAAGCCUUUUUUUGCACAAAGUUCCGGGAAUUUUUCAUGUUCAAAAUUAACCGGAAAAAUCUAAAAAGAUUAUUUUUUUAGCCGCUUUCGAAUCUGAAUAACCAAGAGACGACGUCGUUUCCUCUUGGAAUGCGAGGCCGAUUCGUUGAUUAAUCUUCAACUCCUUAUCUUCUGUCGGUCGGGAGUUAGCUCUUGCGAAAUAAGAAGUUCUUCCAUACUAAAAUUUUGAAUUUUUGAAUUUUCUUAUGAAAGCCGUUUAAGUAAACAGAAUCAUGAAAAAAAGAACAUUUAGAUCUGAAAAUUUUAGUGUUUUUUUUUUGUUUAUAAAGAGCGCUUGAAAAUUUGAAAAGUUUGAGAUCUGAAUAAAAAACGACAGGAAAUCCGAAAAAAAGCAAAAUGAUGGAAAAAACAUUUUUUUUCUACGAUCGGAACUUGGGAGUGGAAAGGCUAGAUGAAAAUGGACAAACUCGGAGACUUUUUUCCGUGAUCAGCUCGGCCUUUGCAGACAAUCUCCAGCACCUUCAUGGAGAAACGGACGUCGCCAUCUUCACCUGUAUUUAUGAACAAAAAAAUCUUUUUCUUUUUUAUAAUUUUUUUGAGCUUCGCUGCGGAGUAACUGCUUUUUUUCUAUUAGGAUUUUUUUGCCAAAACUUGAAAAAAAUGGAAAAAAAUGUAUAAUCUUAACUUAACUUUGUCGUGUUAUCUACAAAUUUAAAAAUCCGUGUCUUCUGAUUCACUGGAUUCAUCGAAAUCAGCCUCAUUUUAAUCUAUUUCUGUUCUCCAUGGGGCGCAUGCGAAAAAACAAGAGAAAAGGCGGGAAAUGAUUUUGUAAAAAGUAGUUACUUAAAAACUUCAUAAAUUUCGAAAACUCUGGAGUAUGUUAUUGUAUUGACGUCAAUGCUCCGACGAUUUCGGGUCCACCGUUGCGCGCAACAAAAAGGAGCUCUUCUGAUUUAUUAUAAUUUCCCCUUUUUUGAUUUCUCUGAUGUCUGAAUAAAUGAAAAGAGGUGAGUGUAUUUUCGGUGUUCUUGGAAGUAAUAGAAAGCUCCGUUGGUUUCGUGCUGAAGCAGCCUUCUUUUUCUACGUUUUUUCAAGUUUUCACAAACGAAAGAAGAGUAGUCUCUGUCGAACGUAUCAUUCCAAAAGUUACUAAGAUCACUUGAUAAAUUUCGAUUCUCGGGCUCCUGAGAGCAUUCUUCCUUGCAGAAGAAUCAACCUAAAAACAACAAAAAUGUUGUUUCCGGCUUACCGAGACAAAAAAAGCAGAAAAAGACAAAACUUUGGCCUGAAAUGAGAUUUGGUUGUGUAAUACACUAAAUGAAAAUCUUUGAAUUGAAGCAGUUUGAUCCCUCGUGCAGAAAUCGCCUCUCCAAUUUCUUGAGAGAGUCUUCUCCGCUCCGAGGUGAAAAAGUUCAAAAAAAACUUACCGAGCGGUUUUUUCAAACCGAUUAUGCUCAUUAUGAGAGUCAGAAAAAAAAAAAUUUCGGAGGCCUCGUGGUUACGCAAAAGUGCGAAACUCAGCCGAGGUGUAAAAGAAGAGAAAACUUCGAUGAAAAGAAAUUUCUCUAACAACAAUCUAUGCGUUGGGGGUUCAAAUAAAUAAAAAAAAGGGACGGACAGAAAAUGGAAUAAAAUCAAAUACUCUAAGUGAUUCAUUGAAAUAGUGUAUAAUCACUCAGUUUGAAAAAAAAAAAUGAGGAUAAAACCCAAAAGUUCGACAGAACUUUCUGAAAAAAGGCUGAAAAAGAUUGACCAAAAAGCCCAGAGUAGAAAUGAAUGAGAGAAAAAACACACAAUUCUUGUUCAUUUGCCAUUUUUUUAACUCAACAGGAAUAUCAAACUUUUCUUUCUGUAUUCCGAUUCCAAGAAAAGUUCUCGAGCAUAAUGAUUUAUUUUCUUAUGUUUGAGAUAAGGAAGAUUAAACCUUUUAGCGUUCCGGAUGCAAAACUUAAUCUUAGCGAAAAAGCUGGGGAUAUCUUCGAUGCAACGGGGAAUUUGUAUUCCUGUACUCCAAUCCCACAAAAAUAUAAAUUCGUGCAUUCAAUAUGAAGCCCCCAAUUUGAAAAGCAAAGCCUCUGAAAACCAAGAACUUCUCCGGACAAGCCAAAGGAAAAAACCAAAGUGGCUUGAAGAAACCUGCUGGCGCAGUUCGAUCAAUGGUUCACUUGGCAAGAAAUGGCUCGACACUGGAGAAAUUCUUGCCGGUUUUUCACUUUUUCCCUCCCCAUAAUGAUAAGAAUCGAUCCUUGGAAAUGCACUUCGAAUUCGAAAAAAUGAAUAGAAUUGGAAUAUUAGGUCACGAAUUCUUUGUUGCCACCAUAGACUUCCCACAACUCCACGAGGAAAAAACAAACGCAAUCCGAAAAUUUUGAGAAACGCAAAAGAACUUUUCUGUUUUUUGAAUAUGAAAUAAAUGGUUUAGAACAGGAAAAGAUGUUCUUCUCAGAUUCAUAGAAACUCUGAUGAUAAAUGGCUCAUAAAGAAUCCUCGUAAAUGAAAGAAUUGUUUUGCAAGGAAGUGGAUGGGAGAAUUUCGAAAUUAGUUAUGGAAAAAAAACAUCUAAAAAGAUCCUAAAAAAAGCAAGAAAAAAAUAAAAAAAGAAAUUUCAGACUUGUUCUCAAGUAGGAAAGGAGGAUGAAUAAUAAAUAUUUAAGGCCGGAGACGGAAUUGUGAAAAUAAAAGAAGCAAAAUCCUAAAAUAUCUGGAGAAUCCUAAAAAAGGGGCAGAGACGGGAGGAAGCGGAGUGCCCGGACGGCUGCUGGCGGCUAGAAUGAGCGAGAAGGCUGCAGUCGCCACGCCCCUCUUCCCUCUGCCGUCUUCCUAUUGGUCGAAGCAAAUGAUGACAAAAGGUCUUGAACGGAAGACGCCGAAGCGUUUCGAAAGCGAGGCGUGCUCGAGGCGAAAAGGAGGGGGGGGGGUACCAGUCGCUUUUUCCGACGCGAAACCGCUGUUUCAAAUCAAAUGUAUAAGGAAUCUGAAGUUCUCAGAAUUUCGAAAAAAAUUCUUCAGAUUUGAGGAACCAGACUUUUCUCAGAAAUUUUUUUUCAACGACACAUUUUUUUGUUUGAGACCGAAUUUCUCUGUCCGCGGACACUCAAUGAUGAAAAGAAAAUGGAUUUUUUAUGAUUUAUCACGUAGUUGCAUCGAAACAUUGUCGAAAAUAGAGUACAUUGUUCUCAAAAGGUCUUCUCCCUUUUAACUUCUCAAAAUAUCGGAAAGUCUUUUUUAAAGUGGGUUCAAAGUUCGUACAAAAACUCUUAGUAAGGGCCAGGUUGCAAGAAAAUGGUUUGCUGAAGAGAUCUUGGAUAGCGAUUCUUGGAGGUUACAAGUUUUUAUCUAAUAGAAAAAAAGGAUAAUAAUGAAUGUGGGAAUAUUCAGUAGGUUAAAAACUGAACAAUGUAUUUCGAUUAACUUACCGUUGCUCGUAAAAAUCCAAAAAUAGCAUUUUUUUUUCUAUUUUCCGUGAAACUGUUUCAAGAAAUUUUUCAAAUGAUAGUGAAAAACGAAAUUCUUGAUUUGAAUGUCUAUCGCAAUUAUAUUACGCGCCACCCUGUCGAAGACCUCGUCAGGAAUCAACGUUCAACAGUUCCCUUGAUUGGCUACCCCGUAGAAGUUUUUGAGCUAUUUUUUUUCUUUCGAGAUGUCUGCGGUGGUUUAAAACGGUAAACGUGGACAUUAGAAAAGUGGAUGGUGACAAAAGUUAAAAAAGAAACGUGACGUUCUUUUGUGAAUCCAAUCACGUGACUGCAAGAAAAAAGAAGAUCCCUUUACUGUGAAGAAAAAGAAACAACUGAAUUUCCGCGAAAGAUUUUUUUAACGACGGGACUUCCUUCCGGAAUUCCACUGCAAUGUCGAAACUAAUUCGGAAAAAAAUUUGAUUCAAAAAAAAGAAGUUAUUUUCAAAUUUCGCGUCCUUUGGGGGAUUCAAGUAGUCCAUAAAUUAAAUCUAACAAGGCUAGCCUUUUUUUAAACAAAACAAAGUGAGGAAAACACGAAAAUAAAAAAUUUUAGACUCACGUUUGAACCUUACAACUUGUCGGUCUAUACGCUACUCGAAACCCGCUAUUCCUAUCUUUUUUAUCAAAAAGUAGAACUUAUCCAUGUUUUUAGUUGGUAGCUUCAUCUGUAUUGAUUGCUAGGCUUGCUUAAAACUGUUCAAAAUCUACAAAGCCGAAAAAGUCAUCAGAAAUAUCUACUAUAUGAAACAGCACAUUCAAAAUCGGGAGAGUGAAAAAUGAAAAACACGAAAGUUUUUUUUUAUUGAGUCUUACUCCCGGCAACUUGGAGUAGAAGUUGAACAGGACGUGCCUGAAAAUGGCAUAGGACAGCAUUUUCUUUCUUCUUCUGGUUUCUUUUUUCUUUUCAAACAAGCGACAGGGACGGCUGUUCUGCACGUGCAAAAGAUGAAAGAAGUUGCCGCGAGCGGCACAGACUCCGAAUAA